AUUCACGAAAAAUUGCAUUAACCCAAUUUCUUCCACAUAGCUAAUCUAGGGUUUUUGCCGUCGCUCAUUCGUGUCGCUGCUGCGGUUGCCCUGAAUCGUCUACGCUAUGGCCAAGAGAACCAAGAAGGUUGGAAUUGUGGGAAAGUACGGCACCCGGUAUGGUGCUAGUUUGAGGAAGCAAAUUAAGAAGAUGGAAGUUAGCCAGCACAGCAAAUUCUUUUGCGAGUUUUGCGGGAAGUAUGCUGUGAAGAGGAAGGCUGUCGGCAUUUGGGGAUGCAAGGAUUGCGGGAAGGUGAAGGCAGGCGGUGCAUACACAUUAAACACUGCGAGUGCUGUAACAGUGAGGAGCACCAUCCGAAGGUUGAGGGAGCAGACAGAGAGUUAAGCACAACGAACUCUUUGUUCAGCACAUUCAAUCCCGGUCACGUUUUUUAAUCCCUUCUAUUUACAUUGUGAACUUCCUUCGGCUUUUGAUUUACAUAAAUCUUGCUGUAUCUUCGAUA